UCUUCCUUCCACAAACACACUACAUCAAUCACCAAAAAAAAAAACAUUUUUCUCCAUACACAAAAAAAAAAUGGCUGAAAAUUACCCUUUUCCAACAUACUUCAUUCUCCUAAUAAUAACCAUAACACGUUUAAUAUCGACCGUAGGAAAAACCGAACAAUGGAAAUCUUCACUUCCAAUAGAAUUAUCGAAACCAAACAACAUAUUAUUCAAAAACGUAAUAAACGACCCAAAAACAAUAGAGAUAGCUUCAAGUGAUUACGGCAACCUCGUACACGAAUUCCCAGCAGCUGUGUUUCGUCCAACAACGGUGAACGACAUAGUAAGUCUGGUGAAAUUGUCGUUUAAUAGUUCCGUACCAUUCCGCAUCGCGGCUAGAGGGCAAGGACAUUCCACGUGCGGACAAGCUAUGGCACGUGAUGGGGUCGUGGUUGAUAUGAAAGGUUUAAGAGAGAUUAAUAAUAAUAAUAAUAAUGUUGGGAUUAAGGUUUUUAAGGAAGGUAAUUAUGUUGAUGUUGGAGGGGAACAACUUUGGAUUGAUGUGUUGUAUGGUACACUUGAAUAUGGACUUGCACCUGUUUCUUGGACGGAUUAUCUUUACUUAACGGUUGGAGGGACACUCUCAAAUGCUGGUAUUAGUGGUCAAACUUUUCGUUAUGGUCCUCAAAUUACUAGUGUUCAUCAAAUGGAUGUUGUCACUGGAAAAGGAGAAUUUGUAACAUGCUCUAAACAGAAAAAUUCGGAAUUAUUUCAUGGUGUUCUUGGAGGAUUAGGACAAUUUGGAAUUAUAACAAGGGCAAGAAUUGCUCUUGAGCCAGCACCAAAGAGGGUUAAAUGGGUAAGGCUUCUGUAUAGUGAUUUUUCUAUUUUUACCAAAGAUCAAGAACGUUUAAUUUCAAUGAAAGGAAGCAAAAAUAGUUCAUUGGAUUAUUUGGAAGGGAUGCUAUUAAUGCAUCAAGGACCCAUAAAUAAUUGGAGAUCUUCUUUCUUCCCUUUAGCCGACCAUCAAAGAAUUAUUUCCCUAGUAACUCAACAUAGGGUCCUCUAUUGCCUGGAAAUUGCUAAAUAUUAUGAUGACCAAUCUGAAAUCAAUGUCAACAAGGAAAUUCAAGUUUUGCUUCAAGGACUGAAUCAUAUCCCUGGAUUUUACUAUGAAAAAAAUGUGUCAUUUGUGGAGUUCUUGAAUAGAGUUAGAAGUGGAGAGUUGAAGCUUCAAUCACAAGGAUUAUGGGAUGUUCCACAUCCAUGGCUUAAUUUAUUUAUACCAAAAUCUCGAAUCUUGGAUUUUAAUUCAGGAGUCUUCAAGAAAAUAAUUUACAAACGGAACAUUACCACAGGACCUGUAUUGGUUUACCCAAUGAAUAGAAACAAGUGGGACAAUAAGAUGUCAGCAAGAAUACCAGAUGAGGAGGAUGAAAUCUUCUAUGCUGUUGGAUUUUUGCACUCAAGUGGGUUUGAUAAUUGGAAGGAAUUUGAUGCUCAAAACAGAGAAAUAUUGCAAUUUUGUAAUGAUGUUGGGAUUAAGUAUAAGUUAUAUCUUCCCCACUACCGCACACAGGAAGAUUGGACAAACCAUUUUGGCCCAAAAUGGACAACUUUUUUACAAAGAAAAUUUCAGUUUGAUCCAAGAAUGAUUCUAUCACCUGGACAAAGAAUCUUCAACAACAAUUAAAAACCAUACUAUAUAAUCAUUUUUAAAUAUUUAUUUCCCCAAUGAAAAGGAGCUUAUAUUAUAUUUUUAUGAUGGGACUACCUCGGUUACCUAGCUGGCUGGUCACAAGUGUAUAUGAUAUGAUAUGGUCCAAAAACAUUCAAAAUCAUAGUUUUUUUUUUUUUUUUUGUACUUUGUAUUUUUUUUUUUUUGUUAGAAGGUGGGGUUAUGUGCUGCAAGGUUUUGGCACAUAUAUAAAUCAGGUUACACAUACCUUAGAUACGUUAGGUUGACAAAAUCAUAUGUGAAAGGUGCACACAGCUAGCUGUAUCUUGCUUUUUUUGUGUGGCAAUACACAUUAGUAGUUUUUUCGAGCCUAGUGUAGAGAAGUUUAUUAAACGUUUGUAAUUGAGGAAUUUUUAUCAUAUUAAUAUUAAAAUAUGUACAUCUUCCAA